UUAUUUUCUGAUAAAUUAAUUUUAGCGCUUUAAUGGAGCUUGUCUCUGUAUCCAAUAUAAAUUUUAAACUUAUUAAUGUAUUUAUGCUUGGCGUGUCGUUCCUAUUUAUUUUCAGUGCGUUUCAAACUUGUGAAAUGAUACAAGAAGUUGUUUUGGAAAGCACUAGCUUAAAAAUAUUCCAAGGUAGCGGAUAUAAAAGCUUAUCAAUUAUUUAUGGAUCCUUUGCAUUGUGUAAUUGGUUCGCUGCCCCAGUUGUAACAUUCCUUGGCCCUAAAAUAUCUUUAAUUCUUGGAGCUUCUACCUAUUGCAUUUUCAUUGGUUCUUUUUUAAAUCCAAGAUUAUGGUCAUUAUAUGUAACAUCUGCUCUUUUAGGGUUAGGAGCAGCUAUAUUAUGGACAGCUCAAGGAAAUUUUUUAACUAUUAUUUCUGAUCAAUCUAAUAUAUCAAGAAAUACAGGAAUAUUUUGGGCACUUUUUCAAACAAGUUAUGUAGUUGGAAAUACGAUAAUGUUUGUAAAGUUUAAAGGGAUGACAAAUUUAGAUCAAGAAGCCUACUCAGCUUUGUUUACUAUUUUACUAGUUUUAUGUUGUACAGGUGUACUUAUGUUAAUAACAUGCCUUAAAAAUGUAGCCUAUGAAAACAAACUAAAUCAUAUUGAUAUAAUAAAUGAUAAUAUUAGUACCAAUAAUUAUACCUCAAUCAAUGAAUCUGAAAGGACUGCCCUAAUUAAAGGAGAUAUGGAAAAAUUGUAUUCAAGUAGCCUAACCCAUCAUGAAAUUCCACAAAUAGAAGUCAAGAAUGAUAAAAAAAUUAAUAAAAGGGUUGAAUUUUUGGAAAAUGAAUAUGAAAUUGGCACUAGUAGUUAUUUAAACAACCAAAAUAUUAUAUUAGAUCAACAAAAGUCAAACGUUUUUAUGGUAGAUAAUAGAAAUACUCUGUCUAAAACACUUCUUACCUCAUUUAAAUUACUCAAGGAUGUUAAUAUCUUACUUCUAACAUUUUCCUUUGCAUUCACAGGUUUGGAAAUAACUUUUAUAAGCGGAGUUUUAACGACCUGCAUAGGUUAUACAACAAGAUUUGGCGAUCAAUCCAAAUCACUUAUGGGAAUUUGUGGAAUAUUGCUAGGAGUGGGUGAAAUUUUAGGUGGACUCAAUUUUGGCGUUUUAGAAUCAUUUUUAGCGAGUCGUAGAAGGGUAAACAAUAGCUUUCAAAUUACUAAUCAAAAGGGUUUAAGUCGAUGUUCUACGAUAAUAACCAGCGGAUAUCUCCUUAAUAUAUUAUCUUACUUUACUUUGUAUUUAAUCUUGCCUAAGGAUUCUCCCAUUCAGCCUUCAACACUUGGUGUAUACCUAAAUUAUGACACUUUAAGCCUAGUCUUAGUUCCGGUAACCGCUUUAUUAUUGGGAUUUGCUGAUAGCGCUUUUAAUACUCAAAUAUACGUUAUGAUAGCCACCCAUUACAGGGAAGAACGUGAAAAUACCGCCACCUUUGCACUAUUCAAAUUUAUUCAAUCAACGAUGGCUGCCAUAGCCUUUUAUUACAGCAAAUAUCUUUUGUUGCAUUGGCAACUCCUAAUUUUAGUUAUUUCGGGAACAUUCGCUGUUUUAUUUUUUUACUCAGCCGAUCAUAGAUUGUCCAACAAUAUCUUGGAAAUAAAGUCUCGCGAUCGAACUUAGAAUUUCACAGAUUAUAAAAUAAUAUAUAUGGUUUGUUAAAUUUUUUGCAAAACAAAAAUCUAAUUUUAUAAAAAUUGCUAUUACUAUAUGAUUUACACAUUUAACUGAUUUUCAUUUUAAAAUUUGUAAUUAAUUUAUACGUAUUAUUAUUAUAAUUUAUAAUAUAUAUUUUAAAUUUUAUGUUAUUAUAAUGUAUAAGCAUGAUUUAAAAUUUUAUGUUAUUCAAAAUUUUUAUUAAAAAAUCGGGGAUUAA